UGCCCUCUGACCUUCAGCCGGAGCAGUAUAUAUAGCCGGGGGAGAUGAGGGGAAUGCCCCUGGCAGCCAAAAUGAAGUCUCUGCUGUCCGUGUGCUGCGUGCUGUUUCUGCUGAGCCUGUCCGCUGCAGAUCUCCUGGCAGGGUCCUCCAUCCAUGAUGAGGAGCCUCUGGUGCAUCUGCAGCUCCAGCAGCCAGAGGGAGACCUCUUCUCCUGUGGAUGUGACAUAACGGAGGAGCAUGCCAGUCAGAGCUCCUCCAAUGACACGCCGGCCCCUGAGAGGGCCAUAUGCCAGCCCUGUACAAAACCCCCUUCAGCCUCAGAGACUGAAGAAGAGCCAGCUUCUACCUCAGAGCAUGAGGAGGAGGAGGAAGCAGCUCCUGUUGAGGAGGAUGCUUCCUCUGAACACAUCACUAGUGAUGGAGAAGGACUGCUGGAGGAGUCGGCUUCCCAGGAAGAGGUAGAAGAAGGGGAGGUGACAUCUGAGGAGGAGGCUGAGGCAGAGUCCGUGGAGGAGGCAGAGUCCGUGGAGGAUCAAAGUGUCGAGGAGCAGGAAGUAGCCGAGGAGGUAGCAUCAUCUGAAGAGGAGGAGAAUGUAGCUGAGGUUGAGGAAGAGGAGGAGAAAACUGUGGAUGGAGAGCAGGAAGAGGAGGUGACUGAACCUCAGGAGGAAGUUGCAGAAGAGGAGGAACCUGCUGCUGAACAUGGAGAAACUGUUGAGGAACCUGCAGAUGAGGACACACAGGAGGAUACAGAGGCAGCAGCUGAGGAGGAAACCGUGGAAGGUACCAUUGCUGAGGAGGAGGUUGCAGUGACUGAAACUGAACCAGAGGAGGAACCAGUGGAGCAUCAUCAAGCAGACUCAGAGCCUGAGGAAACAGAGCGAGAAGUGACAGCAGAGUCAGAGCCUGAACCAGAACCAGAAAUUGAAUCAGAACCACAGCCUGAACUAGAACCAGAGGUUGAAUCAGAGCCUGAACCAGAACCAGAGGUUGAAUCAGAACCAGAGCCUGAACCAGAACCAGAGGUUGAACCAGAACCACAGCCUGAACUAGAACCAGAGGUUGAAUCAGAGCCUGAACCAGAACCAGAGGUUGAAUCAGAACCAGAGGUUGAAUUAGAACCAGAGCCUGAACCAGAACCAGAGGUUGAACCAGAACCAGAGACUGAAACAGAACCAGAUGUUGAAUCAGAACCAGAGCCUGAACCAAAACCAGAGCCUGAACUAGAACCAGAGGUUGAAUCAGAACCAGAGCUCACUGCAGAGACAGAAAGUGAAGUGGUUCCAGAGCCCGAGCCUGAAGUUGUUUCAGAGCCAGAGGUCGUCUCUGAAGUGGAGCCAGAGCCUGUUGUGGAGGAGGUCACACCAGAAUCUGUAGAGGCUGCGACUGUAGAGAUAAAGCCAGCUGAAACCACAGUGGAGGAGGUUCCUGUGGUGGAGGAGGCGCCUGUCGAGGAUGUGACAGUGGAAGAGGUUCCUGCAGAGGAGCCUGCACCGUCUAAAGCCAAAGCACAUGUGGAACAGGCGUCAGCAGGCCCGCCGCUGAGGGACCGCUCCCACAUCGAGGACACGCUGCGAUUGGCUGCUGCUGAACCCUCAGCAGAGUUAUCAGCGGCUAUGAAGAAGCUGCUGAACAUAUACCACACAGCCAUCAAGCCAAUGGAGGACGCCUUCAAGUACAAUGAGCUCAGGCAGCAUGAAGUCACAGAUGGUGAGAUCACCUCGAAGCCCAUGGUUUUGUUCCUGGGGCCGUGGAGCGUCGGCAAGUCCUCCAUGAUCAACUACCUGCUGGGUCUUCACGGCACCUCCCAGGGACUCUACACAGGUGCUGAGCCCACCACCUCUGAGUACACAGUCCUGAUGCACGGUGAGAAGUUUCGGACCGUAGAGGGCAUCGUCAUGGCAGCAGACAGCUCUCGGUCCUUCUCCCCCCUGGAGAAGUUCGGCCAAGGCUUCCUGGAGCGGCUGGUGGGCAUUGAGAUGCCCCACAAGCUGCUGGAGACGGUCACCUUCGUCGACACGCCCGGCAUCAUUGAGAACCGCAAGCAGCAGGAGAGAGGUUACCCCUACAGUGAGGUGUGCCAGUGGUUCAUCGAUCGAGCUGAUCUGAUCUUCCUGGUGUUCGACCCCACCAAGCUGGACGUGGGCGGCGAGCUGGAGAUGCUCUUCAGACAGAUGAAGGGCCGUGAGUCCCAGAUUCGCCUCAUCCUCAACAAGGCUGACAGUCUAUCCACGCAGGACCUGAUGAGGGUCUAUGGAGCCCUGUUCUGGAGCAUGGCACCCCUGAUCAACGUCACCGAGCCUCCUCGGGUUUAUGUGAGCUCCUUCUGGCCUAUGGACUACUCCGCAGACACCAGCCGAGACCUCUUCAUGAGGGAGGAGAUCUCGCUGCUGGAGGACCUCAACCAGGUGAUUGAGAAUCAGAUAGAGAACAAGAUCGCUUUCAUCCGCCAGCAUGGCAUCCGUGUGCGCAUCCACGCCCUGCUGGUCGACCGGUACCUCCAGACCUACUACGACAAGCUGGGCUGGUUUAGCGACCCCCACGAGGUGUUCCAAGACAUUGUCAAUGACCCGGACAAGUACUACAUCUUCAAAUCCAUUCUGGCCAAAACCAACGUCAGUAAGUUCGACCUGCCCGACAAGGAGGCCUACCAGGAUUUCUUCGGCGUCAACCCGGUUUCCAGCUUCAAGCAGCUCUCCUACCACUGCAGCUGGACCAGCGGCUGUCUGCUGGAGAAGAUAGAGAGAGCCAUCUCGCACGAGCUCCCGGCUCUGCUCAGCAGCAUCAGCAAGGCUGCAGACACGCCUGCCCCGGCAAAGGCCGCGCCACCACCCCCGCCUCCACUUCCUGGUACCUGUGAGGGUUCUGGGUGUGAGGAGAAACCCAAGAAUCGCUGGAGGAAGCAAUGAGAUGGAGGAGAGGGGUGCGGGAAGGAGGAACAGAGGAGGCAGAUGGUGGCAGCAGCCAGAGGGUUUCUUGAAAUAAUCCCCGCUGCUGUGAUUUUCGAGACUGGCUACAGGGAGACUGAGCAGGGAGAGAAAACAAGAGUGGAAAAUAUGUCAAGAUGUACCAAGCAGACCUGGGUUAAAGCACUUCUUAGUGCUUGUUCCUUUACCCACAGCACCAGAUGAAUGGCUUUGAUUACACUGGGACGGAUCGGACAGGUUGUAAAUGAUAGAAAAGUUUCCCCAAAUGAUUUUCAGAUUGUUUUCUAUGACUGUAUCACAACCUUCUGGUGCACACGGUCCUGUAGGACACCCUUUCGGUAUUUAAGUGAGUCAAAACAAACAACUAUAACUGAACAAUUUCGACUUCAGUUUGGUAGAAAACAAAAUCUAGAAAAACAGGCUAGUAGUCAAUCAAUUCCAUCUGUAACCAUUGCUAUCUGCCAAAAUCUGAUGAACGUCUGCAGGAGAAGCAAAUGUCAUAUAUAAACCCUUCAUGUGGAUGAAAUCUGAGAAUGAUUGUUGCUCAUUGUUUUCAGGUUUGUACAUUAUUUUGUCUUCAGAGAAAAGUUACUGGCAGAGAUUGUACUCCUCCAGUGAUAGAGUAUAUGCUGCCAAACCAAUGUCUUCUGUGUUGUUUGCAAUGUCUGAGGACUGAGUCAAAUGCUGUGCUGUGUUUUUACUGUUAGACCAAGUGAAGUUAUUACCAUAUUGGGGCGCAUAUUUUCAACAGUGGGACAAUAAAAUAGUAAGAAAGGUGCUCUGGUGGUGUUUUAUUUAGUAGUGAUUUACACAUGUUUAAGCACUGUACUGUACUGCACUACUGUAUACUGCACUGACAUUUCUUCUCUGUAUUGUUGUCUGUACAUUCAUUAAUGGAGCACAAUGUAGUUUGGGGAAAAAAAAUUAUUGGGAAGGGAGAGAUCUUCAUUUACUGUUUUUUUUUUAUAUAAAUGCCUCAACAAGCUGAACAAACAAACCUUCUGUGUUUUCACGACUGAAUAAACUGAACGAGCAAACUGACAUUAAAGAACAACACAAUUUGAUACCGUUGACUUUGUUGAUAUUUGGCGGACCCCGCCACCUUUCCAUCUUCAAACAGAGUUCUGGGGACCUUAAUUUCCUCUGAGAAAGAAUUCACGUAUGGAAAAAAGUUUAUCGUAUGAGAUCAUCAAAAUUCUGAUCUUGAAUAUAUUCUCCAAAACUACAUGGUGCCCCUUUUAAAGAAAGUUUUAUUUUAACAUGUUUCAAUACUGCUCGGAGACUGAAAUGACAGUCUGUUCAUGUAAGCUUUUGAUGCCACCAUGGCCUCUUCAGCCCUCCGAACUGUAUUUAGUUUUAUCUCAGCGCGGCUGCAUAUCACAUGGGCAUUUCCUUUUUAAAACGUAAUCUUUCCCUUUUUCUGUUCGGUCUGUUGGUAACUGUCAUUGUAUUGAGUGAUUUCUUUUGAGUAAAUGAUGACAACAAAAAA